UUCAGGGUCCUUCCAAAUUCUUUUCUGGCAAAUCACAGUUUUUGCCUCCUGCUGCUGCGCUACGGGAACCACAAAGCCGCUCUUCACACAAUCAAUGGUAUAAAGGACAAUCGUCUCAUAAAUCAGGGUUUUCUGCUGUUAUUGGCUCUUCAGUUCCCAAGGACAAUGUGUACAGGCAAAUGUGCAAAAUUCAUUGGGGUGGUUCUCUUUCCCCUCGGCAUAUGUGCCAUCAUUUCAAAUCUUCUUCUGUACUUCCCAAAUGGACAGAUUCUGGAGACUGAACAGAUAACGGAUUUUGUGUGGUUUUUUCAUGGCAUUGUUGGAGCAGGGUUAUUGGUAUUCCUAACAGCAUUUAUGAUGCUAGGUGCAGGAGGAGAAGGGUGCUGUGCAAAUAGAUGUGGGAUGUUGAUGUCUGUUCUUCUGGCUGCUCUGGGUUCUGUCGGCGGAGCUUACUGUGUAGUCAUCUCCGCAAUGGGGUUGGUUAAAGGACCUCUUUGUGACACAGGCGAUGGAGUAUAUAUCUACCCCUUCAGAAAUGACACUCAAGAGGAUAACUACUUAUUCAAACCGGACACUUGGAGCAUUUGUAAGGAACCUGAGAAUAUAGUGGUCUGGAACAUUGUCCUCUUCUCUAUUCUUCUGGGUAUCGGUGCUAUCGAAGCGCUGUUGUGCCUCAUUCAGAUGAUUAAUGGACUAAUUGGAUUUAUAUGCGGCACUUGCAUGAGAAAAAGAAAGACUGGAGUUGCCUAAUUAUCAGAACGCUUUACCCGUCAGUUCAAGAGAAGAAGCCCAAAUGCUGUUUUUAUAAGUAGUCUAGUAAUCAGUUUUCAUUGGUGAUUUAAUAACUUCCACGGGAA